AGUUCUUUUGCCAGCUGACUUGGGGUUCAAGGAGGAGUACACACAUGACUGGCCAGUAGUAAAUUGCACGACAAAUGACAUUCAGACAACAAAAUAACAAUCACGCUCAAAUCUAUGGGCAAUUUUAGAUUUUAACCAAAAGUCUUAUGUUUUCAAAGUGCCACAGGAAGAAAUUUCUUCCUUCUUCUUGCUUUACUUGAAUCAAGGUGGUACGACCAAGUAUUGUAAAUUUUUGUUAAUGGUGGUUUAAAUCUAUCCACAAUCCUCUUAAAAACAAUAAUAGGAAUUACUAACCACUCUCUCAUUGAGUGAUGGGAGAACAUAGCAGUGAACACAACUGCUUCACAGCCAAAUCGGUUUGGUUUGGAUCUCACUUCAGGUGUGGAGUUAGUGUGUAUAAUUGAGUGCCUCAAACCACAAGAAUAAUACAAGAGCCACAGUGGACACACAUUCUGUGAAAAGGAGGCCUCCAGUAACAUGAGACAUGAAGCAGACCAUUAUAUAACAAAACACGUCAACUCAGUAUAUAUAUAUAAUAUAUAACAUUUUCUUGUCCUAAGCUCGUAUUUCUUCAUAAGUAAGAUAUAAUCAAUGUGUCGAAUUAGAAUAUUUGUCACAUGGACUAUGCGUGUUCUUCCAACCUUGUAAUGUUUUCCACCUUCUUUACCUGAACACGGUUGCUAAGCAACGCACUCACUGGAAUGACAGAACUGUAGCACUAAGCUCACCUGACUGGGGCAGUUUAAGAGUAGGAGGACACUGGCUGGCAGUGAACGCCAACACAAAAACUGCCUCCAUGGGUCUCGGCUGCACAUUCGUACAGCCCGACGGAUCUGCUUGCAAUGUGUUGUUAAAAGCCGACAGAAUUCACCAGCACACCAUUGGGACAUGUCAGAAAGUUCUUCAGGUGUGAACACUCUCAGCAACAGUCUUCCCAAAUCCCACUUAUCCCACUAUUCCGAGCUCGGUGUGGCACACUUGCCUGCCUCCGUCCACCAGAGUCCUGAUUCUGGACUUGGAUCAACACCUCUUCCUUCCAGCCGGUUCCGGUUUACAUCAUGGCAUCAUCUGCCGCAAUGUGACCUCACCGGAGAUCAACUGACAUGCCCCAGGGUCCGAGAAGGGCCAUCUGACGAGGAGUUCAUACAAAGAGAGGUCUAUUCAUUGUGUGUGGAGCAAUGGAAGAAGAAGAGGAUCGAGAAGGUGGGACAGACCUGGGAAGAGAGAAGAAAAGAGAAUUGGGAGAACUGUGUGGAGCUGAACCUCUCCUACCAGGAUUUAGGGGACGCUUUCCAGCAAGAAAACUUUGUCCGCAUCCUUCGCAGGUUGAUCCGUGUGGAGAAACUACAGCUGGUCAACAACUCUCUCAAAAACCUUAGUUCGGUCCGUCUGCCAAGGUGCAGGAUACUGAACCUGCAACAGAACUAUUUGGUGUCUUUAUGCCAGUUGCCAAAACUUCCCGCAGUGGAGCAACUUUGCAUAGCUGAGAAUGCCAUCAGCUCCCUGGAAGGAUUGGACGCAUUGAAGAGCAGUCCUCUACGAUCCCUAAACUUGACACUCAACCCGGUGACCUUUACUCAGGAUUAUCGUGCACGAGUGUUCUCCUGUUUGCCAAACCUUGAGACGCUGGACGGAGUCCCAAUGCUGCCAGGAGACCAAAUCCACACUGGUUUCCACUUCCCAAGAAUUACAAGAAUGUGUAACAUUUUGUGAUGUAAUGUGCAUCAUGCAGAUGAACAUCUAAUGACUGAAGAAUGAAAAUAAUACCAGAAAUGUGCCACAGCUUUUGCCAAAAAAAAAAAAAAAAAAAAAAAAAACACAUUCCAAAAUGCAUUGGUGGGCAGUUGGAGGUUUAAACGUUUAUGGCCAUGCCAUGUUAAAAGCUUGUUUUGCUCAAAAUGACAGAACAUCGAGAUGAGCUUUGAAGGAUAAUAAGGCUUAUCAUAACAUGGUUAUCAAUGGCUGCAUCAAAUAUACCUGUUUACAUACCUGUUUUUUGCAUGUCUUUGAUUUUCCGCCGCAAAUUGAAUAAAUUCUUUUUUGAAUUACAAUUAUGAUUUGUUUCUUCCUUCCACCAGUUGAGCAUCGCAUCACAUCCUGUUCAGGAUUACCCGGGGAGUUGAAGCGAUCCCAGACGACUUUCGGGCAUAGUCUGCCCUAGUUGCCAGUCAAUCAAAAGUUCAAACCUUAAACCUUUGAGUGGGACUCAGAU